CUUGACGAGAGAGAAAACAUGGCAUCUGCAGGUCUCCAGAUUUUGGCCAUCUUCCUGGCAAUCAUCGGCUUUCUUGGAGACAUCAUCAUCUGUGCUCUGCCCAUGUGGAAGGUGUCUGCUUUCAUUGGAAGUAACAUUAUCACGGCGCAGACCUAUUGGGAGGGCCUGUGGAUGAACUGCGUGAUGCAGAGCACGGGCCAGAUGCAGUGUAAGGUCUACGACUCCAUGCUGGCUCUGCCCCUCGACCUUCAAGCUGCCCGCGCCCUGGUUGUGAUCUCCAUCUUGGUGGCCUUAAUGGGAAUCAUGCUAGCCGUUGCAGGGGGAAAAUGCACCAACUGCAUUGAAGAUGAGGAGGCCAAGAGUAAAGUAGCCAUUGCUGCAGGUGUGUUCUUCAUCUUGAGUAGUAUCCUGUGCAUCAUCCCUGUGUCCUGGUCUGCCAACACUGUCAUCAGAAACUUCUACAACCCCAUUAUGAACGAUGCUCAGAGGAGGGAGCUGGGAGCCGCGCUGUUCAUCGGCUGGGGAGCAUCAGGUCUUAUGCUGAUUGGAGGUGCACUUCUUUGCUGCCAGUGCCCGAAGAGUAAGGACAGCGGAUACUCAGCCAAAUACUCUGCCCCAUCCUCCGCACCCAGUAGAGGAGCCUAUGUUUGAGUAUACUUUCUAGGAAACUGGACUGACCUAUAAUGUUUAUGCUGUUAACUUCAUGAUUUUUAAAGUGUUUCUACUGUUAUUUUAAUAAAUUUUACUUUUUUAUGAACCCAUAACCUUGCUUGUUUUGUGGAGGUGGAUCAUCAUCUUUAAGUGAAUAGAGGUUUUGAAAUGGUGGUUUGGUUAUGAUGGCGCCUCAGUUAUUUGUUCAAAAAUCUAGCUAAGCGCUCUCCAAAGUUAACAACCUGCCUUCUAUCACCUGAAGUCAAUUGGCAAGCUAUAUUUUAAAAUCUACAUUUAGUCUAGACAAAAAUAAAUCUACUACGUUGGUGAAUCUAAGGCCUACUGCUGAAAGGGCUGGCCUAGCUGUGUUGCUGCUUAGCAAAGAGCCUAGCUGUGCUAAGCUAACCACCUGCUGGCUGUGGCCUCAUAUUUCAACACAGUCUCACGGCAUUUUGU